CGUCCUUCGAUGCUGUAUACAUAGAGCCGAUGGAGAUUCAAAGACCACUUACGCGGUCAGCCCACCUCCGACGCAGCUAUAUUGAAAUAUCCAGGUACAUUCGCGCUCGAGUCUCGCAGAGCGGAUUUGUUUCCACGCAGUCUUCAGCCAUCAGAGCCUGCGUGUCUCAAAGACUUGCAUAUUCUACGACUGCCGUCCGAAGUGACCGGCAACACGAUACAAGGCUACAGACCAGUAACGGCGAUAUCAGGCGAUACAACUUCUCUAGGAUCUCUUCGUCUGAUACAGCGAGCACUGCGUGGGAAAAACUACGCCAGACCGACGUCGAUUCCUUGCCGACUACUCCUGAUCCUGAUGAUGAUGGCCAGACACGGGUGCAGCUGUAUGGGUAUAUUACUUCCCACAGACCAAGCAAGGGCUUCGACUUUAUUCAGCUCGUCGAUCCACGCUUAGAGCUUGCCGUGCAAGUUAUCUUUCCCCAUUCCGUCUCUGCUACAAAGGUUACAAGUCCAUCGGCCGAAAAUCGCUCAGGUGCCGAGGAACCGGGCGCACAAAGCGAGUCGAGCGAUGAAGCUCACUGUGAAGGGCAACUGAGCAUUUUUAGAGCUGCUCGUCCUCAUACACCCAUUCGGAUUUCUGGAACCAUUGUGCGACGAUUGACGCCACCAAAAAAAGACCACAAGCGAGUUACAUCAGGAGAGUCAUAUGCCACACACCGUCAAAGGGCAGAAAAUACAAUUCAAACACUAGAUCCAUAUGUUGGGGAUAUCGACCUCAUAUCUCAUGUCGAAAUUAGAGCAGAUUCUUACAAGUUUCUCAAUGGGGUUCCAUCCGACCUCACCGCCAAGUGCGAUACAGUGUUUCCGCCUGAGCUACGACAUCUUCAGUUCAGAACAGAUUCGAACCUUCGUCACCGGAUCCGAUUACGUUCACGGCUUGCAGGGAAGAUACGAGAGCAUAUGCUGCGCAAUGAUUUUGACGAGAUUGAGACGCCUCUAUUGUUCAAGUCAACCCCAGAAGGCGCUCGAGAAUUCAUUGUCCCCACAAGAAAGAAGGGGUUGGCGUAUGCAUUGCCACAAAGCCCGCAGCAAUAUAAACAGGUCCUCAUGGCCUCGGGAAUCUGGAGAUACUUUCAGUUCGCAAAGUGCUUUCGAGACGAGGAUUUGCGAGCCGACAGGCAGCCCGAGUUCACCCAGCUUGAUCUCGAGAUGGCAUUUGCAAGCAGUGCUGACGUCAUGGCCGCUGUGGAAGACCUGCUCAUUCAUGCAAUCUGGCCCAAUGUACCUGACAUCGCUCCUUUGCAAUCAUCGUCAUCAAAGGGGUCAUUCGAGGCCAAAUCGACUGAUCCAGAAUAUCGCAACCUGACUUUUCCACAGUUGACUUAUGACGCCGCAAUGACCCGGUUUGGCUCGGACAAGCCUGACACGCGGCUUGGGUCUGAGAUUCGCCGAGUGGAUCAGUGGCUCCCGCCCAAUGUGAAGGGCAUGGUAACCUCGCUUGACGAUCCCGUCGUGGAGAUGGUGAAAAUCGACAUGCAGGGAUGCGAACCAGCGGACAGCCAGAAAUUCGUAACAGCAUUCUUGGAAGCAUCGUCGACAGCGAGAUAUACGAAUGACAGCUCACGAAUCCCUGGAGUGGCCGUCUUUGAUCUUUUAAAGCCGCUGCAUGGGUUGGCGAGCUUUGGCCACGAAGGUGCCUCCAAAGUAGAAGAAGAAUUCGAUCCCGAACCUGGCGACAUCCUGGUCCUUUACAGCCGUGAUGGCAAGCCGUUUUCUGGUGGAUCUACCAUUCUAGGGGACCUGCGUCGGGAUAUUUACCAGCAGGCCAUAUCAGAAGGUCUGAUUCCUGCGCCUUCCGGAUUCUCUGCCUUGUGGAUUACCGACUUCCCUUUAUUCUCGCCGACAGAAGAAUCUGAACCAGGACAAGGCGGGUCCGCAGGGAUCUGCUCCACGCAUCAUCCAUUUACGGCUCCCAAGCCAGGUCAGGAUUUAUCGGUGUCCACAUUCAAGAAGAAUCCCCUGUCCAUUGUCGGGGACCAUUAUGAUCUCGUCAUUAAUGGGGUUGAAGUUGGUGGCGGGUCCUGCCGUAUACACCGUGAAUUCAUGCAAGAAUUUAUCCUCCGAGAAGUCUUGAAGAUGCAGCCGGAACGCGUCAAGGAUUUCGGACAUCUAUUGAGGGCGUUGCGUUCUGGCUGUCCGCCGCACGCAGGGUUUGCCCUGGGAUUUGAUCGCUUGAUGGCGAUGUUGACGAACAGUGCAAGUGUGCGAGAUGUGAUUGCAUUUCCAAAGUACGCAGAUGGUGAAGAUAAGUUCGCUGGUGCCCCCUCACCGAUCACCCGGGACCAGCUGGCAACCUAUCAUCUCGUUGCCGCCGACGACAAGGUGGCUCCUGGAUCGACUGCCAAAUUAUCGCGCAAAGCGUAAAACGGCUUCAUGAACAGUUGUAAAACGUGUACAAACAAUAGUGUGACCAUGUAAAACAGUCGGCAAGACUUUCGUCCUGUAGAUAAAGUCACGCACUCUUUACUCA